ACUGCAGACACAGUACAGGGGAUGACCAGAGACUGCGGACACAAUACAGGAGAUGACCAGAGACUGCGGACACAGUGCAGGAGAUGACCAGAGACUGCAGACACAGUACAGGAGAUGACCAGAGACUGCGGACACAGUGCAGGGGAUGGCCAGAGACUGCAGACAGUGCAGGGAAUGACCAGAGACUGCAGACAGUACAGGGGAUGACCAGAGACUGCAGACAACAGUGCAGGGAAUGACCAGAGACUGCAGACAGUGCAGGGAAUGACCAGAGACUGCAGACAGUGCAGGGAAUGACCAGAGACUGCAGACAGUGCAGGGGAUGACCAGAGACUGCAGACAGUGCAAG